AUGUCAGCCUUAAUUGAAAAUGUCGCCGCUUGUGAAAUCAGAUCUGUGAUUCAUUUUCUAAAUGCAAAGAAAAUUAAACCAUGUGAAAUUCAUCAGCAAAUCUGCGAGGUUUACGGACUAACUGCUAUGAGUGAUUCAAUGGUUAGAAGAUGGGUCAGACAGUUCAAUGAAGGAUGUCAUCAAGUCCAUGAUGAAGAAGGAUGUGGACGCCCGUCUUUGGUUACUGAUGAACUGGUUCACGCAGUUGAAGAGAAGCUUAAGCAAAACCGUAAGUUUACAAUUAGUGCUCUCGUUACGGAAUUUCCGCAAAUCUCACGAUCACUAAUUCAUGAAAUUGUUACUGAAAAACUGAAAUUUCGAGAACUCUGCUCACGUUGGGUACCAAAAAUUCUUACUGAACAACACAAAAAACAACGGAUGGGCAGUGCACUUCAGUUUUUGACACGCUACAAUGAAGACGCUGAUGAUUUCCUUUCUAGGAUAGUCACGGGGGAUGAAACUUGGGUAUCUUACGACACCCCAGAAACUAAACAGCAAUCAAUGGAAUGGAGGCACACUUCAUCCCCAACGAAAGUCUUGACACCUCGAGAACUCAUGUGCACCGUUUUUUGGGACAGAAAAGGCAUUUUGCUGAUUGAUUUCUUACCACGAGGCUAA